AUGGCAAAUUGGAAGCAUAUCGGGGAGGUUCCGGAUUCCGAGGACGACGAAGACCUGGACUUCGACAGCCAAACUGUUGCCAGGGAUGACGAGACGAAAAGGAGGCAGCAAGAGCUAUGCGAUAGUAGCCAAGCCCUCCAUGAUGUGGACGAUGAGCAGGGUGCGAGGGGGGGGUAUAAACAUAACAACGAGCCCCGUGAGACCACGCCCGUCGAAGAGACAGACAUAGCAAUGGACAAGGCCCCGACGCCGACCACUACGAUACAGGAACCGCAAACUUAUAUUGCAGCCAAUUCAAUACACUCGCGGUCCCCUUCUAUCUCACCACGAAUUUUCAAAAUCCCUCGGGGGCUCUUGGAGCAUGAUGCCCAGUUCCAUCGGGACUCUGCCAGCGAGGCCCUAGUCCCAAAUAUGCUUUCUGAUGACUCUCCGGAAGAGGACGAUAUAUCACGAAGCUAUGUGCGUAUCACAUCUUCAAAUGAGAGUCCACUCUCUUCGCCGCCAUCUAGCCAAGUCUUGGAACACGCCAUGGGGAACCGUUCUGCCUCCGAAGUACCAAGUCACUCAUCGAGUGCUAGGGAAUCUGCUUUGCAGCAGAGCAUUUUGGCAGGUGGGAAUCUUGGCGAUUUUGCCAGACGUUCUAUGCGGCAACGGAAUCCUAUUCAGCUCCAUCCAUAUAUGGUAGAGCAAGAGAAGUACCGGCGCACCCUGAAAUCCCGCGGCAUGACGCCUAUGAGACUUGCUUCAACCCAGGACGAGUCGCAACCUGAAUCUGGAGAUCCCGCCUCUUUAGACGCAGACUCGAAUGAUGCAGAGCCAGACACGGGGGAGAGCCAGUCCAUGGAUGUAGAUUGGAGUCUUGACGCUUCGUCGCCGCCACAGGGAAGCCUCACGGCCACGAACCAUGGAGAUGUCCUAAACGAGCUCCCUACGCUCACUGGUGAUGACGAGUUCCCUGAUAUACACGAAUUACUUGAGAUGCCAAAAAUUUCUCACCGCGAUGUUGGAUCAAAACGGGCCAGAAAAUCGUACUCUUCGAAACACAAGCAACUACAACUGUCCAAAAUUCGGGAUCAGUCAUCCCGAAGUAACUAUCACAAUCAAACGUCAACCAGCAUCUUUGAUGUUCUUGCUUCUCCACCGGCCACAAGCUCGCCUUUUAUGCCUCCAUCCCGCGAUAGUAGGAGUAGCAUGCCUCAUGCUGUUUCGGUAUCUUCUAAGGAUGCAACAACGCCGACGGGCCCGGAACAAGAUCAGUCUGAAUUCCACAUACCAGCAGAUCUACCGACACCCGUGACUAGUGCUUUAAAGCCUCUCAUCGAUGCCUCUGUGCUGGUUCAUUCUGAUACAGAUUCUGAUGACCCUUUUGCGACUGAUGCUGAUUCGUCUCCAUCGGCGUCCUCGGACGAAUCGGUUCGGAUUUGGAAAGUAGGUAAGAAGAUUCGCGGCGUGCUUCCGGCAUCCCAUCUUCGUAUAGAUCAACCGAAUUAUAGGCCAAGAUUGUCGAGCUAUACACGAAGUGGCAGCACCGAGGUGUCUCCUGGUAGACCACCCAUUCGACGGGGUGUUGCGAUGCCAAAACCCCCAGUGAUUGGAGAAAAUCCACCCAUGUCGACAAGUGGUGAAAUUGCUUUUCUUUCUAGCGAUUCAGAUGAUGGCGAGAACGAGAUUUAUCCUGGUGGAUUCGCCGCCGAAGCCAAUUCAGGCACCGAGCUUGAUGAAUUAUUCGAUCCCCAGCGGCAGGGAUUUGCGGAAGAGGACGAUACGGUGGAUGCUAUGCUGCCACCAAGCAAACGGCAACGGAGAACUCUAGAUUCUCGCCCCAAGAAAAGAAGACGGUUAGGGACCGGGUCCAACAAGUAUAGUCGUUCACACCCACGCCAGCCUAGAAUCACAGAACACCCACGCCAGCCUAAGCAGGCUUACAAACCCUCCAGGAGAGCCCAAACACAGCAUCGGGGUAUUCUUCCAAAAUCUCGAUCUGGUCCUUCCAAGCCUUGGAGGGAUAUCGCCCCUAGGCUAAGUAUUAUGGAUGCCAUAAACUUAGACGGCCACAAACCUGAGCAGCUACCGCAGUUUAUUAGGAUUGCUGCUCGUACUUCAAGAUCUUGGAGUGGGCAAGGAAAGCAGAGCCCAUCCGAGAAAUAUAUUAAGCUGGCCAAUCGUAAGGACACAUUUGAGGCUCAAUCUGUUCUAAAUGAUUGGAGACGAGGAAAAAUCCAGCCAAAUGCUCCUGAAACCUAUCGCGCCGGGUCGGCCGAUAUGUCUAGACCACCCCUUCAUCGAAUUACAAACAAUCGGCAGAGAAGAGAGCCACUUCUAACAAAAGACUCGAAACUCCCGUCAAGGACACAAUCUAGUCAAGCUGGGAUGCCUCGAACGCUACUGAUCUCCAGGACCAGACAAAGGUCAAUAAAUGCCCUUUUAAGCGCGAAUAAGCCUACACCCCAACAACGGAUCCCAUCUGCGGUCGAGAUAGGUGGCGAGAACCCGCCAAAUAUGCGUCCAGAAAAGCCUCGGCAUAGUUCUCUACGGACGAUGCCAGCGCAGCUGGAAGCCCCUGAACUAGAAUGUCCCCAUGUGAAUCCAGCUUCUACCUUCGGAACAACCAAAAAAUCUUUAGAUGCUCUUUAUCGAACCUCCCGCAAGCGUCGAGGCCCGCAAGCCAACCCUCAGCUAGGCAGAUUUCUCUCCAGUUAUUCUACUGUCCAGCCCACAGGACAGCCUCAUGCAAGUUCUAAUGACCCGAUGAUUAAUUCGUUGACUACGACAAAGCAACCUCUAGCCAAGAUUUUUCGCCGUAAGAAGACGCUACCCAAGCAUGUUGAUGUCGGCGCAGCAAUAUAUCGUCAACCCAGUGAGCCCUUGGUGUUAGAACUACUCUCUCCGCAUUUACAUAACGCAGUGAAUGAGGACAAUAAGCUACAGGGCUUAGGCAAAUAUGGCACGAAAUACCCAAUCCAUUUCGAUAUAUUUCCACUCCAUUCCGGGACCUACUUUCACGAUACCACAUUUAUCGGCAGUGGCCUUCUCGCAGAGGUCCUAAACGGCACCAGCUUACAACAUGAUGCCACCCGCCCCCGAAUGCAACUUACACUUCAUAGCAAAGAUUUUCAAUGGGAUUCGUGGAAUGAGAUCGUCUCAUCUGAGAUUGGCUUCUGUUUUGACUGGGUUGCUGACCAGCUACUGCUCCAGCCGUCGUUGGACUUGAGCUCGCCUACGACAGAUCCUAUAACCGUGAUAACUUUUAUCAUUAAUUAUGUGCAACAUCAUCUCAGUUUUUCGGUUCCUCGUGACCGAGAGGACUUUCUGGGCAGGAUGUCCGAUAUAUUCCGAGACUUUCUAGUACGCCUCAGUCGGGAAAAUUAUAUCUCGCAGCAACAAGGUACCGACUGGGCUGGAGUGUUGGCUAGGUGCACGGCGCUCAUCUUCCAACUCCUCCAGAUAGCGCGAACCAUUCCAGAACAGGCCUCCUUGAGCUAUGAGCUUGAAGACAGCAUGAAAGCUGUUGCCUGCAUGGCUGCGAGCUUGUUGGUAUCUCAUGGCCUAGACGUCGUCCGAACAUUAUAUGACGAUCUGCAGUAUCUGUCGUUUAGAGAAAGCGGAAUCAAAAACGACCAAUAUACCGCACAGUCCUGGGUCAUUCUCAUGAAGGUCCUUGAUGCCGCACAGAUUCCAAGAGGAUCAUUUUGGGACGUAGCAAAUCGUGUAUUAAUUGACGUCGAUCUGCCGCAUAUUAGCGAUGCUCGAGCUUUUGAGAAACUAUGGUACUCGAUGUUCUCACUUCUCCCGUUAUGUGAGAUCGACGAGUUUGGAAUCGUUCAACCUGGCCGACGUCAAAAGGUUGCGUUCGAUAACUGGUCCUACCCGCAACAGAUUCUCAAAAGAAUAUUCGAAUUAUACAGUUUGAAUCCGAGACAGUCUCUAGGCUUUAAUGAUUAUUGUAGAGCAAUAUUAGGACGUUGUCACUAUCUUAUGGCUGAAUGGGGGUGGUGGAAGUGUACCGGCCUCAUUGGUACCGUUUUUGACAUUUUUGCUUCCCAUAAGCUCGCCCAUCUGCGCAACGAAGAGGUUUAUUCAUCGCCACGUUUUCUGGUGGAGCUUGACCAAGAGCCAUCGUUGAUAGUCGAACCAGAAGACCGCUGCUUUCACAUCUUCCUCAAGAUUGUCGGCUCGGCAAUCAAGCACAUGUGCAGAAAUCAAAACACUAAGGCUAUUCGGAAUUUGGUUGCACGUUUACUACCAAAUCACGAUCGACAGUACCCAAAAGAAGAGACUAUCCAUCACCGUGAACUAGCCUCGCUACGGAACCACCAUGACCUUCUCUGCACUCUUUACUGGGCCGCCCCGGCUGAACAGAGACCGUCACCGAGUCUUAUUCAGGAUCUUGUUCUCGCUGACCGGUCACACAACGAAGCUUGCCUAAUCAACCUGAAGUCCUGGGAGAAUCUGACUAGAUUUAUUGUGGCCACAUCUACCAACGUCGCUAUUUACCGUCCAUUCACAGUCUGGCAGAAUGCCUUCUCUGUUGCACUUUCUCAGCAAUAUCUCGAUACAGAGCAGGAGGUACGACGCCAAGCAGAAGUACUCGCAAUAGUGGCGAAAGAACCAAUUUCCGAAGUACGACUACAAAAUACAAUUGCAUCAAAUAAAAGAAGCUCGAUGGAAAUGUUGCGUGCAAUCGUGAAGGCGAUGGACCACACCGUAAUGGCUGCUAAGUCCGGUCAAAUGGCUAUCCAGGCUUUAAAUCCGCAACUUCUCAGCCGUGUCUGCUUUCCGGACUUGUCGGACGACCCAAAUUUCCAAUCUGGAAUUCUUAGGGACUGUAUUAGAAUCAUUUGUCACUAUACGGAGCAAAUUGAUCGUUUGGAACCGAUUCCCCCGCCACCGGACCAGGCUACAUGCUCCACAGAUGCUGAGAGUCAGGGCAGUCUAGAUAUGAACCUAGGUUUGGACCGGGUGGAAAUGAUAUACCGCCUACAACCGGAGGUUCUACCGUUACUUCGCAACAUAAUCUCGAAAAGCCUUCAGGAUCGAUCGAGGCUUCCCCAUACGGUUUUAGCUGACCUAGUAUCAUGUUGGGCCUGUGUAACAGUGAAACUCACGGAAGGGGCUAUGAAUUUGAAAGAAUUUCUCAUUAGUGGUCCGAAUGCAGUAUUCCAGCACCGUCAGAGCUCGAAGAGGGCAAAUGCAUAUUGGCCCUUGUUCCUGAACCUCCUGGUCGAGCAUAAGACGCUGGAUGACUUUAAGAUAUCUCGUUUUGAUAUUGGAGUCGAGUGGCUAAAAGCACUUUCCAUGCCCCAGCUUGAAGGCCCCACUGUUGCCGAUACGGUCAACACUUUAACUGCUAAAUUGCAAUCCAAGGGUUUUUGUUUGUCAAUCUCACCGAGACAACUAGGUUCUGGCGUAGGGUCCAGUCCGAUAUCCCUCGGUACAAGUGUCGUUUCAAAUCACAUAUUAUUCAAAAAUGCUGUUGAUGUUAUGCGGGCAAGUCUAGCUAACCAGGCCAAUAUGAGCAUGGUAUUCAAAGACGUAUCCCAGAGAGAAGCACUCAACGUGUUCGCCACGAUGCUGAAAGAUGUGAUGGACUCGAUAAAACACCACCUAGAAUCCAUGAUCCCCGGCUCUGAACAGCACAGGGAAUAUGUCGAAUUCAUCCAGCCAAUUGCAAGUGUCAUUCGAUCGUAUGGUAGCGAUAUUUUGCCUCUCUCGGACUUUUUCGUUCACUCUUCAACUUAUUACUGGCCAGAAGAUACCGACCCAAAUCUCUACGCUGCUGGGAUUGUCUCUUAUUCCCUUCGCCUAAUAAAACAACCUGGAAGGACUUCUCCGGAGCUCUUCCAUUAUCUCUAUAAUGGCUGGAGAAAAGAUCUAGCUCAAAGUUCUGUUGAGCAACAUAUAAAAUAUCUGAAGAAAGGAAUGAGUCGUUGGGAAUUCACCGUGUUCCUUCUCUCGGACUUCAUACCUGCUGCCCUACAUGUUGGUUUCGAAUCGACCGCCGGAUGGGCCCUUUGUGCGACAUACUUACCCGCGCUCUCACGUCGUGUUGGGAUCUUGCUACAGAAGAGAAACACGAAAGCAGACUUGACCUUUCAAUGUGUGAUCAACAUCUUAAAGAUCAUUUUAAAUGGUAUCCAAAUCUUAUACCUUAGGACCGGGAAUAAUGAUACCGUGGGCUCUACAUCCCACCAACGCAUCAUAGGCGUUGUGAGCCAAUUCUGGCUUUCCCUCGCGCUACCAAUAAACCAGUACGCCGAUCCAUAUCCGGACAAGAAUUCAUCCAUCCGUUUCGUCGGCACAGCCCUGACCAAGUUUAUAUGUUAUGCAUCUCGGAUUCGUAAUACUGACUCCGGUUCCGAUGAUCUGAGAAUAGGCCAAUUCGAGGUGAACAUGGGAGAAAACUUCGAAAGAUUCGUCUCGGUUUUGACACAAGAUAUCCAUGGCCAUUGGGAAGUUAAUAGUGAUGGAAGCGAGCUGAUAAUUAGCGGUGCUCGGGCCCGUGAGAAGUCCAAAACUCGGGUUGAUCUUAACAGUAUGCUUGGGGAGCCUCAACCGCUUUGGCAAAUGCUCAAUGUAGCUUUACCCUACCUUGAGUCUUUUGUCGACGAACCUCUUCCGGUGGCCAUGGAAAAGUCACCAGAUCCGAUUAUUCCAAACAUAUACUUCUAG